CAAAAUUCUCCAUUAUGAACACGUGUCAAGAGAUGAAUCUAUGACAUGAUCUCUACCCUACACCCGCGAAACAGGUUUUUAUUUCUCCUCAAUCUCCCUCCUGCCGCAAUCCCCAGCCAAAUUACCGCUGUUUCACUUAAUUCUCGUUUCUUGUUCAAUGUCCCAAUCUAAAUCUCUCGUCUUUGCAAAAAUAAUUAAUUGGCUUCUAUCUUUAAUCAAUUAUAAUCCAAACGAAACCAAAACUCAGAGCUAAAAAAAAUAAUGGCUUCUGAAUCCAAUUCCACAACAACAACAUCAUCAUCGACGCCAUCCCCAAGUGGGAAACGAAGCAGAGAUCCCGAAGAUGAGGUUUAUCUUGACAAUCUCCGCUCUCACAAGCGUUAUCUCAGUGAGAUAAUGGCGUCUAGUUUGAAUGGAUUGACUGUUGGGGACCCACUUCCUGAAAAUCUUAUGGAAUCAAUGGCUAGGCCUGAAGGCAUGUUCUAUACCAGGGAUGAAAUGUCAUGGCAAUAUUCACCGAUGUCAGAAGAUUCAGAUGACUUGAGAUUUUGUGAGACACCUAUGAACACUUGCUUAUCCCAUUCUGACAGCCUGCCUACUAGUCCCGUUUCCCCGUAUAGAUAUCAAAGACCACUGAAUGGUUUCUGCUCCACUCCUUCAUCUAGUUCAUACCCUUUGCAUGGGAAUGUCAGUGCUGUUGCUUGUUCACAGCCUCGCCAAAGAGGCUCAGAUACAGAGGGCCGAUUCCCAUCAUCACCAAGUGAUAUUUGCCACUCUGCUGACUUAAGGAGGGCAGCACUCUUGCGGUCUGUACAGAUGAGAACACAGCCUUCUGGUUCGUCAUCAUUCGAAUUGCCAUUUGGUUCAGGCCAAGAGAAUGUGCCUAAUAUUGAAGUUGAGGAACGGCCAUGCUCAUUUAUGAAGUCCUUAGUUGAUGAUCGAGAAUAUCAGAUUGAGGAGUGUUCUUCAUUGGGUAUCUCAGAUCCUGAAUUUAGUCAAGAGAAAUCUAGCGGAGUGUCAAAUAUGAAUUUGAAAGGAGAUGAAUCAGAAGAUUAGAUGCUUUGAGAAAUGACAUCAAAACCCGCUCCAUCCUCAUUUUGAGUGUAUCUUCAAUGUAGAAGUGGAUUUUGUAAAAAAGUAAAGUCUCACUCGCACAGCCAUACAUUUAUGGUUCAUCAUCAACAGCAUCCGAUUUAUGAGUUUUCAUCUGCUCUUUCUUUGUCCUGAGAAGAGCGUCGGCUAUGCCACUAUUGUGGCUGAACUUCAUCACUAGAAAUGGAUCCCUGCAUAUAUUGUCUACUCUCUGCUGCAUUAUCUUUCUAGGGCUGUUACUGGUAAUUGGACUGAAGGCCCCUUUGUCAAUGGGUGUACACGUUGUUAUGUGUUUAAUAUCUGCUAAAAUUCUUUGAUAAUUAUCAUUUGAUUUUGCAAGCUUCGUGACUAUUAAUUUGUGAUUAUGAAAAAUUAAAUGGGUAAGCAUCUUUAGUUUUGAACUGAGCUAUAAUUAUUAAAGUUUUGAAUUCUGCUAAGGAAAGAAAAAAAGGCUCUAAAACGUGUACUUGUAAUUUAAGAAGUAAAUCUAUCUGUCACUGGAAAAAAAAAAA